AAAACCCCCGGAGAUGGCAAAUGUCUGUCUGACUUGAAAUUCAAAUCCGAUAUAAAAGCGGGAAAAAAAGGCCCUUAUAGCUCCAUGUUCGAAGCAAACCAUUGAUCAAUAAACCUCUAUUCCAUUUUCAUAGGUUUUGCAGAAACUCUCUGCAGCAAUGGCGGAGAAGAAGAUGAAUCAGCCACUCAGCUUGAACCAGCGCCACAAUCGUCUCCUCCUUGACCUCUCCUCUUCCCAAUCUCGUCCCCAUUCCAAACCCCAUUCCUCCCCACCUCGGUUUGAUUGUUGUGCAGAGGAAUAUGAGCGAUCGAAGGUGAAGCUGGAUUCAUACGACGAUGUUCCUCGAUUCUCCGGGAUUGUUGAUUUUGAUUCUCCUUCUCCUGUUGAAAUGAAGUCAUCGGAGUUCGAGUUUGAAGUGAACGAGGAAGAUGAUGACUGUGACAACUUUACUGCGAUUGAUGAACCAGAACCCAACUUUUCUGGAAUUACUGACUUCGAUUCUCAUUCACCUGUGCAAGAAAAGCCAUCUAGGGUCAAUAUCAAUGGCAAAGUUUCAUCCCGAGAUCAUAUUGAUGGUGAAGUGAGCACGGGUUCGUUUAAUGUACCAGUGAUUGCUGGAACAACUAAUUUCAAUACUUAUCUUGAAGAAAAGAAGCCAUUGAAAGUUAAGAUGGAAGGAAGGCGUCGGCUCUGCAAAGUUUCAUCCAAAGAUGAUAAUCAUGAUGAUGGCAAGACCAGAGCUGCAGAUGAUGACCCGGCAUUUUCUGGGCUUGCUGAUUUUGAUUCACCACUUCCGUUGAGAAAUGCAGUUGAGAGGGACACUGGUGGUGGGAAUGAAAUUAGGGAUAUUCUAAAUGACUUAAGCUCCAGGCUCGAGUUUCUCUCAAUUGAGAAGAAACGUGCCCCCAAAAUGGUUGAUUUGAGGGGGCAGUCUUUGGCUUCUGUUAAAGAUGAAGUUUAUGAUCAAGCAAAGAAAGAUGAAUUGCCUGAAUAUGCUAGUGCCGCUUCUUCCUUUUCACUCACAUCUGAUCUAUCUGAUUCCUCGUCGGAUGCAACGAAUCAAUCUACAUUUGGAGGUGGAAUUGAAAGCAGGGUAGAUAAGCACGAGGAUGAAAUUGAGUCAGAGAUUGAUAAUUUUGUAGGUAGGGUUAGCAGACCUAAGAAUGCUGGUAAAGGACAGGAGAAAUAUGAAACUAAAAAGAUGGGUGUGAAACCUGUGCCCUUGGGGCAAACUUUUGCUGCCAAGUUUGAACGACACGAUGAAGACGACGAUGACUGUGUGAUUCUAAGUGGCAAAAAAUUGGUCAAAGAAGCAGAGAGGCGAAGUAGUAAGUUUCAAGACGGAUUUGAUGAUUCUGAUAAGGUUGUUGCACUGGAUAAUUACAAUGAUGAUGCUGUUUCUGGGGAUGAGGAUUCCAUUACUUAUAAGGGUCCAAACUCAACAUACUUAUUACCUGGUAAAAUUGCAAAAAUGCUGUAUCCUCAUCAACGAGAUGGCAUGAAGUGGCUGUGGUCUCUUCACUGUCAGGGUAAGGGUGGCAUCUUGGGUGAUGAUAUGGGCUUAGGUAAAACAAUGCAGAUCUGUGGGUUUCUAGCUGGGCUGUUUCAUUCAUGUUUGAUAAAGAGGGCAUUGGUUGUUGCCCCCAAGACACUAUUACCUCAUUGGAUAAAAGAAUUAUCAGUCGUAGGGCUCUCUGAGAAGACAAGAGAAUAUUUUGGGACUUGUGUAAAAGCACGGCAAUAUGAACUCCAAUAUAUACUUCAGGACAAAGGUGUUCUUCUCACUACUUAUGAUAUUGUGCGGAAUAAUGCAAAAUCUUUACGCGGGGACUAUUACUUUCAUGAUGAGAGAAGUGAGGACGACAUCACAUGGGAUUAUAUGAUACUUGAUGAGGGACAUCUGAUAAAGAAUCCUGGUACACAAAGGGCCAAAAGUUUGCUUGAGAUACCUGCUGCUCAUCGUAUUGUUAUUAGUGGCACACCAAUACAAAAUAAUCUUAAGGAAUUGUGGGCCUUGUUCAACUUCUGUUGUCCUGAGCUCUUGGGCGACAAGAACUGGUUUAAGGAGAAAUACGAGUCUGCUAUUCUUCGUGGAAAUGAAAAAAAUGCAUCUGAUAGGGAAAAACGCAUUGGUUCAACAGUUGCGAAGGUGAUAAUUAGUUAUAUGUUAGUUGCGCUUGCCACAAUCCCAACAAGUGCCUUUGAUCUUCUUAAAGUCUUUGUUGGGUUGAGAGCAGUUGUGCUUACGCUUCCCUUUGUUGAAUCUAUUGCCAUCAUCCACCAUAUUUUGAAAAAAAUAUGUGAUCAUCCACUUCUCUUGACAAAAAGAGCUGCUGAAGAUGUAUUGGAAGGGAUGGAUUCAAUGGUAAACCAGGAAGACACUGUUGUUGCUGAAAAAUUGGCAAUGCACAUAGCAGAUGUCACUGAGAGAUCUGUCUUUGAAGAGAAGCAUAAUGUCUCAUGCAAGAUAACUUUUAUACUAUCAUUAUUGGAUAACUUAAUUUCUGAUGGGCAUUGUGUUCUUAUCUUCUCUCAAACCCGCAAGAUGCUUAAUCUUAUUCAGAAAAAUAUCAUUUUUUUUUUUUUCCAGAUUUUGAAAAAAAUAUGUGAUCAUCCACUUCUCUUGACAAAAAGAGCUGCUGAAGAUGUAUUGGAAGGGAUGGAUUCAAUGGUAAACCAGGAAGACACUGUUGUUGCUGAAAAAUUGGCAAUGCACAUAGCAGAUGUCACUGAGAGAUCUGUCUUUGAAGAGAAGCAUAAUGUCUCAUGCAAGAUAACUUUUAUACUAUCAUUAUUGGAUAACUUAAUUUCUGAUGGGCAUUGUGUUCUUAUCUUCUCUCAAACCCGCAAGAUGCUUAAUCUUAUUCAGGAAUCGUUGGUGAUAGAAGGUUAUGAAUUCUUACGUAUUGAUGGUACCACCAAAGCUAGUGACAGGUUGAAGAUUGUCAAUGAUUUCCAAGAGGGUGUUGGUGCUCCUAUCUUUUUGUUGACAUCACAAGUUGGUGGUUUGGGACUGACGCUUACAAAAGCAGACCGUGUGAUUGUGGUUGAUCCAGCAUGGAACCCAAGUACUGACAAUCAAAGUGUUGAUCGUGCAUAUCGUAUUGGGCAGAAGAAGGAUGUCAUCGUGUACAGAUUGAUGACCUGUGGGACAAUUGAAGAAAAAAUAUAUAGAAAGCAGGUUUCUCAUUUUUCAUUCUCUGGUAAAGGGAUGUUCCCUACAGCAUGUGUAUACCUAAUUGCAAUUUGAUUCUUCCAGGAUCUUCGGGAGCUUUUUAGUCUUCCCAAAGAGGGCUUUGAUGUUUCUAUCACUCAGCAGCAGUUGCAUGAAGAGCAUGAUCGCCAGCACACGAUGAACGAGUCUUUGAAAGCCCACAUAAAGUUUUUGGAAACUCAAGGCAUAGCUGGAGUUAGUCACCAUAGCUUGCUUUUCUCCAAGACGGCACCUGUGCCAGUUGUUCAGGAAGAGGAAGAGGAAGUGAAAAGGAUGAAAGGAACUACAUUUGUGCGGAACUCAUCUUCAACCUCUCAGUUUGAACGUGAUGUUGAUGGGAGCAAGUAUGCCUUCAAUCCAAAGGAUGUGAAUUUGAGCAGAUAUAGUUCUUCCAUGGCUAGCACAAGUAAACCGACAGAAACAGAAAUCAAAGAGAGGAUCAAUCGGCUAUCUCAAAUUCUAGUAAAUAAGGUUUUAGUAUCAAAACUGCCGGACAAGGGAGUAAACAUACAAAAGCAAAUAGCCGAACUGAAGUCAGAGCUUGAUAUGAUUCGGAUGGAAAAAAGAAGAGAAAAGGAAGUCAUUCAUUUGGAUGAUAUAGCUGGGGAGCUUCAGAGGGUGUUAAAUGUGUAGAUAACUGAACAAGGUUUGGUCUCAUGAAAAACAGUUUGCAUGUUAUUUUUGUCUGGUAAAUUGAGAAGUUAAGUUGUAAAAACUCUUUUUUACCCCCAUUUAUGAACUCAAGCAAGAAUGUCAAACAGCCCAUUCAUUCUCCGUUAAUCAUUUAUUAUAUGUUUACCUCUCCUUUCAAUCUUUGUAAGUUUCUUAAAUUGUAUUCUAAAAGUACACAUGAAAGACUCGAAAAAUAUUUAAUUCAUGAAAGAACUUAUUGCAUUGGAAUAUCA